AUGAGCUCUCAUACUGCUGUCCUUCUUAUUGAUCCGCUCAAUGACUUUCUCCAUCCCGAUGGAAAGUUGUACCCUCUCGUCAAGGCUAGCUUGGAGUCGUCCAACUCUUUCGAACAUAUGAAGGAGCUGGUGGCCGGCGCAAGAGCAGCCCGCAUUCCUAUUUUCUAUGGUCUUCAUCAGAUCACCAAGGAUGGAACUUACUCAGGCUGGAACCACAUGAAUGAGUUGCAUGUUCAAAUCAAAGAGAAAGUGACAUUCUCCGAAGAUUUUGGUGGCCAGAUUCUGAAAGAAUUAGAGCCUCAGCCUAGCAAUGGCGAUGUAGUUGUCUCUCGACACUGGAACAGCAGUUCCUUUUCAAACACUGACCUGGACUAUCAACUUCGGCAGCAUGACAUAACUCACGUUGUGUUGGCAGGCUUAACCACCAACACAUGUGUGGAGUCUACUGCGCGUGCUGCUCGCGAACUUGGCUUCCAUGUCACUUUGAUUACCGACGCAACUGCGGCAUUUUCGAUUGAGAUGAAAGAUGCAGCAGUCAAUCUGAUUUGGCCCGCGAUCGCUGACCAGCUUAUGACUGCCAAUCAGUGGAUAUCUUCCUUCUCAAAGGGGCGUAUUUGA